CCAGUUCCAUACUUCCGUUAAAGAAGAAGCGGCCAUAUUGGCGUGAGACAGCGAGUUUACUUCUUUCAGAUUUCCUUUGUAGCGACAAAAUGCUUUCUGCUCAGAAUUUUGGAGACAAUGGCAAAAUGAAAGAAUAUCACUAUGCCGGUGCCGUUGAGCACAAGUUCUCACCAUAUACGUUCAAUGGAGGGACUGUGCUCGCUGUUGCCGGAGAAGACUUUGCGAUUGUUGCCUCAGACACCAGACUUAGUGAAGGAUACUCGAUCCACAGCCGGGACUCUCCCAAAUGCUACAAGUUGACCAACACAACUGUUCUUGGAUGCAGUGGUUUCCAUGGUGACUGCCUGACGUUGACCAAAAUCAUUGAUGCCAGAUUACAGAUGUACGAACACUCAAACAACAAGAAGAUGAAUAGCGGAGCCAUCGCAGCAAUGUUGUCCACCAUCCUGUAUGGCAGACGGUUCUUCCCUUACUAUGUCUACAACAUUAUUGGAGGUCUAGAUGAAGAGGGUAAAGGGGCAGUUUACAGCUUUGACCCAGUGGGAUCCUAUCAGAGAGACACUUACAAGGCUGGAGGAUCGGCCAGUGCCAUGUUGCAGCCAUUACUGGACAACCAGAUCGGGUUCAAGAACAUGGAGGGUGUGCAGCACGUUCCAUUGAGCCGCGAGAAGGCCGUCCGCCUGGUCAAAGAUGUUUUCAUCUCAGCUGCAGAGAGAGAUGUUUACACUGGAGACGCUCUGAAGAUCUGCGUCAUCACAAAAGAGGGCAUUGAAGAGCAGACACUACCUCUAAGGAAGGACUGAAGUGUCCCCAACACCUCCGUCUACAUGCUUCACAUUCAGUCUCUCAAUUGUAAUCAGGAGUGUUGGUUCAGAAUUUGCUUUUGCCAAAAGUGAAAUUUCUAUCAUCUGUUGCUUCAAACAUGCACUUCUCUGUGAUGAUGAUGAUUCCAGUUUAUAACAAGGGAUUCUUGGUCAGCACUCCUGCUUAAAUCAUCCCUUAUUGUUUGGAAUUUCUGCUCAGUACUUCUGUAUACAUUCUUAAUAAAUAUAAACAAUUGAAAAAAA